CGUUCUGGUGCCAGGAACUGGUGGGAGCAAAGUAUAGAGGGAAGGAGGAAACCUGGGGGAAUGCAACAAAACAACAGGAUACAUACUGGAUAGAUACUCCAUCGCUUAACUAUGGCUACAAAAACAGAGCAGUAAGACUCAACGUUGUCUGACAUGUCGCAGCAGAGAUAGCUAGCUGUUCUUGGAUCCGCACAUCGAAGUUUUGUCUGAAGAAGUUUACAGCUAAAGCGACAGGCUAAGGCUAGCCACUGUUAACACCGGGCUGUCUUCUACCACUGACACAGCCCUACACAACAAAGACAGAAAACAUGGUGUCCUGGAUGAUUUCGAGAAGCGUUGUGCUUUUCUUUGGGACUCUGUAUCCUGCGUACUACUCUUACAAAGCUGUCAAGACAAAAAAUGUCAAGGAAUAUGUGCGAUGGAUGAUGUACUGGAUUGUGUUUGCCCUCUACACUGUGGUCGAGGCCAUCACUGACCUAACACUUGCAUGGUUUCCUCUGUACUACGAGCUGAAGAUAGCCUUUGUGAUCUGGCUGCUGUCCCCUUACACCAGAGGAGCCAGUCUCAUCUACAGGAAGUGUCUGCACCCCCUCCUGUCCUCCAGAGAGAGGGAAAUCGAUGAGUAUAUCGUGCAGGCCAAAGAGAGGAGUUAUGAGACCAUGGUCAACUUUGGGAAGCAAGGCCUGAGCAUCGCAGCCACCGCCGCCGUGUCUGCAGCCGUCAAGGGUCAGGGUGCCAUCACAGAGAAGCUGCGCAGCCUGAGCAUGCACGACCUGACCCAGAUCACCCAGCAGGAUGACAGAGGAGACCAGCUCUACCAGUACAGCUCCCACUCCUCCAACCCCGCCAUCAGGAGGUCCCAGAGCACUGACCCUGCUGACGGACCAGACUACUACUAUGCCGAGGAGGAGAGGAGUGAUGACGAGGCGGAGCCCACCUUGUCUGAGGACGAGGCGGUCACUCAGAAAGGACUGAGGCGGUCUCAGAGCGUCAAGAUGACCCGCUCCAGGGUCCGCAGAGACGCUCGCUAUGGAUCCCUGAAGAUUAAAGGCAAGAAGAGACCAGCACUGAGCUCCGUUAACUAUGGCUUAUGAGAAGAAUACCACACACAUACACACACACACACACACACACACACCACACACACACACACACACACACACACACACACACACACACACACACACACACACACACACACACAGGGUCUGCUCUGACAGUCACUCUGCUGAACUUGUUUGUCUCUUUGAUGAGGAGCGUUCUUCUGACAUAUUUAUUUCUUACUCAUCCAGAACCAGUGGCUCUGAGAGAACCUCCAUGUUUGUGUUUGGGUGGAUGGCGUACAUUUAUGCAUCUUAUUUUAGUUUAUAGUUGUGAUUUGAUAUACAUGUAGUCUUUGAGCUUUUAGGAUUUUUACAUUUCCUUUUAUCCAAGUGUUGUGCUGCCGCUUCUUAAGGCGUCCUUAAACUGUCAUUCAUGGCCAAGCUAAUAUUGAAAUAAUGAACUGAUGAUUUGAGCUAUUGUAUUAACCAUUUCAUAAAAAUAACUGUAGAUACCUUUUGUUCAAAUAUAAACAUGUACACUGCUGAUUCUUACACAGUCAGAACCAUGAACUUUGAUCCAAACUGUAUUCAGUUAGAGUUUGGCCACCUGGGGUUAGCGUAACAAGCCAUUCAUGCACAAUUGGAAAAAGGGGCAAAACACCAAAUAAAAAAAAAGGCCAAAACAAUUACAAAGGGCCACAAAAUGAUGACAAAGGGAAACAUAAUGACCACAAACAGACAACAAGUAGAAUGAGGGGAAAUAACCACAAACCAAAAAAAACAGUCUUAAACAAAUAAUAAAAUGACCACAAAGAGACACUACACCACAGAGAUGCUGAACAGCACAGAUAAGAGGAUGAACUACUUGUGUGUGUGUGUGUCCACUGGCUGGUGAAGAAUAUUAAUAUUGGACCACAGAGAUGAACCUAUCAAUCCAAAUAGCACUUAUAUUGAUGGCUUAUAAGUGACCUAAUGAAAUCUGAUGUGACCCAUGAAGAAAGACAGCGGUGUUCAUGUCUAACCCGAGUACUACAUUAGAGCAGCGUGCUCUGCUGCCUUCAGGGUAUCCUCCAUGAGGAACCUGUUCCCAGCUGAAGCUCUGACCCUGGUGUUGGAGUCCUUUAACCCUCACUACUCCACUGCACACACACAUUCCCCAUCACUGCAGAGCACCAGCAGCUGAGCAUGGACAUUUACACGUUGGGGGGGGGGGCAGUUGAAUGAAUCAGAUGUGCAGUAGAAGUGGAUAAAGUGAGUGAAACACCAGCAGCUGGACACUACCCCUUCUUCCUCAACACGAGUCAGGAGAGAGAAAUGGAAGAGAAAACCAAACUGAGAUUCUUUAAGGUUUUAUAAGCAGGUUUAUUGAAUUAAUGAUCAUUUCUUAUUUUCCUGCAUUGUACACAUGUUUUUUUAUGACUGUGUGUCCUGAUCACUAUCCUGGUUGUACAUAUCUAGCUGUUUCCUUGUGUUUGAAGAGUGUGUGUGUUAUGUUUGGAUCAAAAGGAGUCUUUUAUUAUAGUAACCACGUGUGUUUGCACAUGUACCUCCUCUUAAACCUUUUGAUCAAUGCUGUUGUUGCUUGUCAUCUCAUUUUUGUAUGUACGUUGCUGUAGGCAACCCAAUGAGUUUAAUGCUAAUGCUAGCAGCCUCUCGUGACAUGUCAGAGUUAGGCUUGUUUUGGUCCUCUGGUACUGCAGUCAGUGAUAAAACGCUCGAGGGCUGUGGCUAAAGCGUAUUCCUAAGAACUAUACGAUUGAUAUGCGUUAAAGAAAUAAUGAAAGUGUGAACAUGCCGCCUAGCAACAUGGCUGUGUUACACAUUACACAUGUUUAGUUAAAGGUUGGGGUUAUUGCACUCAGCUGUGAGCGUUCACGCCGUGCAGGCAUGGUGCGAAGGCCUUCCUCAGCAACACACGGCAUUGCUUUGAAGCCGUGUGGGUGUGUGUUCAACACUCAUCAAUAGUGCUUACAUCACUAACAAGCCAAACUGUCUCAUGUCAGGACGUCCAUGUAACGCUCAUAACUGAAUACUGAUACCAAAGCUUCUCUGAGCUGUGUGACGGAGUUUUUAAUCUGUGUGGGGAAAUGUAGUGUGUGGAUUGGAAAUGAAAUAUAAUAAAGGAUGUUGAAAUACA